AUGAGAUCAAACCCGAACAGGCGAAACCCUGAUUUUUGGUGCGAAUUUCACAACAAUCACGGUCACAAAACGGCAGAUUGCAGGUUGCUGCAAGGUGAAGUAGAACAUUUAUUAAAACAAGGAUAUUUAACUGAAUUAUUCAGUGAAAAGGGAAAGCAGGCAUAUAUGAAAAAUAGGCAGGAGCCCCCAAAACCCCCUUCACCAAAAAGGACGGCUAAUGUCAUAAGUGGAGGAGAAGAAAUCAAUGGCGUAACAUAUACAGCAGUGAGGAAGAUGUCAAAAAUAACAGUUGCAUACGGGAAGCGAGUUCAACAGGUUUUGGAAGAAGAUAGUAUUACAUUUGAUGAUGCAGAUGCAGACGGCGUGCUAACCCCACAUAAUGAUGCACUGAAACGAAGUGGAAGCUCCGGUAGUCCUUUUCAUGUUCAGUUUGCGAUUGAGCUGUUUUGA